AUGGCUCACACUGCGCACCCUACACAAAGCACCGUUGCGCCUUGGAAGGAACUGUUCCAGGAGCACAUCGAUAAAGCUGGUGGCGCGGGCGCUGAGUUUGUUCUAGCCACGGUUACGCCUUCCGGCCUCCCUCGUCUGCGUUAUUGCAUUCACCGCGGGUUUUGGGCCACCCUUUCCCACAAUGAAUAUAAUAGACUGACCAAAAAUCCUGCCAUCUACGAGUCGGAUUGCCCAACCUUUACUACUGAUGCUCGCAUGAGCAAAGUCUAUGAUAUAUUUGCCACUGGGAAAGGGAAAGGAGAUUUGGCACAAUCUCGUUCAGGUACUGGUGGAGGCGGUCCUGUCGAGGCCGUCUACUGGGUCAAAGGCACCAAGACUCAAUGGCGCAUCCGGGGUAGAUGCUGGCUCAUUGCGGCUGAUGAUGUUGAAGGUGGAGACGAGGCACAAAACUCUGGUACUGUCACAGUCAAGGCAGAGCUAGGACGUUACAUGAGAGCAAGGGACCAAUCCAACCAAUCCCAUCAGGAAAAGGAAUGGUCAUGGAGGCGUGAAGUCGAGAACAACUUUGAAAACCUGUCUCCUCAGAUGCGCGGCUCUUUUAAGAACCCUCCGCCUGGUCAGCCACUAUCAGGGGGCAAAGACGAACAGGCGGGCGAAGCCUUAGGUCAGAAAGCGGGUCACUUGUCCGAUGAGCCGUUGGCGCGGAAGAACUUUCGCGUGGCCGUCAUUACUCCCGAGCAGGUCGAAGUGGUAGAUUUAACAGAUCCUGCAAAUAGUACAAGACAGAUCUGGACACUAUCUGAGGGUGCCGGAGGACCGGACGGGCCACAGCCGAGUGAGAGUCUCGGCGAGUGGAACAAGCUAGAUACAUGGCCAUGA